GUGCUAUUGGUUUCUAACUGCGGAAUGUAAUUUAACUUCGGAAGUAAUUAUCAAGCGAAACGGAGAUAUGAGAUAAAAUCUAGCACGCGAAUAAUUCAUCCGUGAGUUUUCAAUGGCGAAUGUGUGCACUACUGACAUAUUUGUAGUCGAAUAAAGGUAUUUAUGAUUUAUAUCAUAUUCGUAUGUUAACGCUGCAAAGAUUGAGAUGCUAAUCGUGUAUUCGUUACGCAAGGAUUCAUCAAAAACUGUUGCUUUACUGCUUUCGAGACAUGAGACAAUAUUGGAAACGCCUCCAUACCAAGAAAUGGUUCUCAUAUAUCUGUAACACGGGACCACAAUGUAUCUGAAAGUCGUCAACUACAAAGUCCGGAAACGCACAUCUCGCCAAUCCCCUGAAAGCAGCCUUAAGGAGGAGUGACGCUUAUAUAAAAUUUUCGCCCCUCCUGCAAAUAUUCUGACAGCGGGCAUUUUGGGGAUUGUUGCAUUAUUUCAAAAACACUUAUCCAUCCAACAUAUGGAAAAACGCUUAGUUCUAAUAAAACCCGUCGCUCCAAUACACUGAAAGGUGUCAUAUUCUCCAUCCAUCAUACGGAAAAGCGCUUAGUUCUAAUAAAACCCGUCACUCUAAUACACUGAAAUGUGUCAUAUUCUCCAUUCAACAUACGGAAAAGCGCUUAGUUCUAAUAAAACCCGUCGGUCCAAUACACUGAAAAGUGUCAUAUUCGAGUAAUGCUGUUAAUUUCGCACAAACCAUCUUGUAUUAAUUCAGAGAGCCACCAUUUUGAGGAUUAUUGCUCAGUUCUACAACGAACAAGUCCUCGGACUUAUGAACAGCGUUCUGCCCAUGAGGAGACAUGCUCCUGUACAUCGCACGAGGACCAGACGUCAAACGUUCGGAUGAAAUCUACCUCGAGAGGUGCUUCCUUCCCAAUAUCGGCUCCUAUUUCGAGCAUCGAGUGGAACCGGGACUCUGGUUCAAGACUCUCACGUUGGAUUCCAUCUUUGUGGACUGUACUGAACGCUCUGUGUCUUGGAUUUCUAGGGAUGACAGUGAAGCUAUAAAACUGCAUAAUGGGAUACUGGAACAAACUUUACAUGCAGUGCAAGAAGUCUUUAGAAAUAAAGACAAGUUUACGGACGAUAUGUUGGACUCAACCGUAGAUGAGCUUUUCGAGCAUGCAACAGAGCUGUUUGAAGCAAUAAAUGAAGAUAAAUUAGGCGAAAAUGUGUGCGAACAUGUUAUACGCUUACUUCACGUAUACAUCCUUCCGAGGAUUAAACUGAAUAAAGAAUUCGAGAUGAAUGUAAGUGAAACGCUGCAGACAAUAAAUGAAGAGGAAAGGAACAUUAUCAGUCUUAUAACCACACAAAUUAAGACAAAAGAACAGCUCAAGGCCUCGUUGAAACAAGACAGGUAUAGGUUUCUAGGAACAGAUGAGUUUUUGAAACAAAGUUAUUUAAAGACGUUGGACGAAACAUUUUUGCAAUGUCUCUAUAAACAUAUAGUAAUUGACAUAGAUACCACGGCCAAAGAAAUUGAUAAAUUUGAAAAGCAGAUAUCAGUGUUACGACUAUCAAAAGCAUCGCAUGACAUGGCUAUGGUUUCUAGGUUACACAAUCUAAGAGACAGUUCUAACUGCGUUCGAGUGCAUCAACACUUACUGAAAGUAAGGGAAGAAGUGAAAUCAGCUCUUCACGUUUUUGAAACGGAAAAAGACGCGUCGUUUAACUGUGAAACUCAUCCUAGACGGUAUCGAAAAGACCACUACGACUACGUGAAAAAGAAUCAUAGUCUAAAUCUCAUUGAAAAGGAAAUAUUGGAUUUCAUGAAUACGAAAGUGAAACUGAUGAACGUGAGAGAGGCGGCAGAGCUUUUAAUUCAUGAGAUAAAAACUAUCGGCCAUUCCUAUGGGUAUACUGGUAUAAAGGGUGAACAGCUGGACGGCAAAUGUGCUACAGGUAGCCCAGACGAGUGGGAUACGCUCCAUGUCAAAGUAUGUAAACUAGCCUGUGAUACAGAAACAAGUGUUUUUCAAAAAAUGAACAGUCUCUGUGAGGAAUUCUCACGCAGCUGCGAAGAAAUCGUCUACGAAGCCAGCAAAAGGGGCAAGGUUGUAAGUCCUCAGAUGUGCAUGUCAACGUGUGCGUAUUUUAAGAAGCACAUAGACAACUUGGUUCAGACGGUGGCGGAGGAAAUAACAAAGCCGCCACACGACGCGGACUCUAUCAAGAAAUUUUAUUUGUGUUUUGAACAGCAUGUGUUUUCGAGGACGAUGCCGACAGUGAUACAUUUACACAGGUUUUGUUACUGUCAGCAAGGGACUAAGCUACUGAGCAAAAUCAACGAAAAGUACCUUCCUAUGGCGAGCGUCAGCCGAGAGUCGGUGAAAUCAGAAAUUGACGUGGAUGAUAAUGAAAGUAGUGUAACAGCGCUGCACGAUGAAAAUGGACAAAUGCUGCGCUUGAUAAAACAUUUAACAAAGCUGGUAUUAGAUCUCAAUUCAACUAAUUCUCUGGCACACAAACUCAACAUGUGUAAAACAGCGGUGUGUCUGGUUAAAGAUCAAAUUCAAGACGGAGAUUUUACAAUAUCCGAGUUGUGUCCUGGGGAUUUUUUAGGCAGCCUGUUGACUCUUUUACGACACUUAGAACCGAACGUUGUAAGUUCACUUUAUGUGCAACUGCAUCUUCUUGAAAAUCUGUGUCCCGACUGCUUGAAGGGAACGUCACACUAUAUCGCCAUGGUUACGCUCACCGAGGCCGUUAAGUCUUUACUGGAUAUAUAACCCUGCAUUAUAAUUGUCAAGCUAGCUGAUACAAUUUCUUAUAGAUAUGUAACAAUGUCUACAUAUGAGCCGCGUUGUGGGAAAUAUGGGCUUAAUGCAUUUGCGUAAAGUUACGUCCCAGAGUAGGCUGUGCAGUCCGCUGUUAUGGAAGUUUUCGGUCAAAGGAAGUCUCUUCUAGACGAAAAUCUAGUAUUGGCGAAAAGUAUCGCACCCGAUAAGCCUGUUUGGACUGCAUCGGUCUAUCUAGAACACUUAACGCACACGCAGUAAGCCCAGUUUUCGCAGAAAGAGGCUCAUUUGGUGCUUGUCAAAGUUUUAUGCCUCUGGAUUGAAUGAUCGGGGGUAUAUUGUUUUAGCCUGUCUGCCUGUCUGUCAUUGUAGGUGUGUCCCAAAACUUUAACCUUGGUCAUAAAUGUUGCAAUAUUGAAGAUAGCAACUUGAUAUUUGACAUGCAUGUGUAUCUCAUGGAGCUGCACAUUUUGAGUGGUGAAAGGUCAAGGUCAUCCUUCAAGGUCAAAUAUAUGGCUUCAAAGCACAGUAGGGGGCAUUAUGUUUCACAAACACAGUUCUUGUUUUCAUAUUAACUUGAUCGUCAUGGAUGAGCGGGAGCGGAGGUCUGAUGGUGGCGACAUUACAUAGCUAACCACUGCAUCAAUAUUAAAACAUCAUUUGAUGAAAUCAUUGCCAAAAUUUGUGUUCGCUAAUUUAUUUUCAAAGAGAUAAUAUUUGCGCUUUGUAUCCAUUUAGAAAAAUCCUCUAUUUGAACAGAAAAACUUAAUUAGAACCUUUUUUUAUUGAUAAACAUGAAUUGUACUUAUUAACAAGCAAGCAAUAAAGUUUGUUGAAUAUGU